AUGCCCGCCCAUCCCGCAGACCCCCCCGUCCCCCAGUCCGCCCGCCCCAUCCCCACCCAGAACCGCAACAACCUCGACCUCCUCUCCGAGUCUUCCACCGGUUCAUGGGAGCGAGGAAGAAUGGCCAACAACGCCCGUUCGCCCCCCACCGGCUCUGCUCAUUUGCCAGAGUCCCUUGCAUCUGCUUCUUCCCCUGCGCCAGCUGAAGGCGGGGCCACCCGACCUUGGCCUGAAGACAAGAAGCUCUCCCGCCCCAACCCUGCUACGGGCCGUCAAGCGUUCCCCACUGCGCCUCACUACCCCCGCCAGCCCCGGGAAGGCUACGGCUUCCGACCCGCCUCGGGCCAAACGACUCCCACCAACCCUGCUGCUGGAAGUGUAAACUAUCCUUUCCCCAGUACGAGCCGGGCCGGGGCUGGCUUGAACGCGAGGGAGGAGGAGGAUGAUGAUGACAUGGACCACAGGCCUGAUGGAAAGACUAUGGCCGAGCUGCAGGGUGAGAUCAGGGAGGAGCUUGUAAAGGAUGGGUUGGAUCAUGAUAGUUUGGUCAAUGCUGCCAAGAGUGUUGUGAGCACUGGUGGCAGCAGUGGGUACAUUGCUGGUAUCGCUGAUGAGCAUGGUCUGGGUUGGCCCGCCAAGUCUACCCACCUCCGUUUGCACUCUACCCCCGAAGAAAAGGCCGCCAACCAGCAACUCCUCACCUCGGCUUUGCGUACCGUCUUGGAGUGCAUCGGCGAAGAUCCCGACCGUGAAGGCUUGCAGCGUACGCCCGAGCGAUACGCCAAGGCUUUGUUGUGGAUGACAAAGGGAUACGAGGAGAGACUGGUCAGCGUCAUUAAUGAUGCCGUGUUUGCCGAGGACCAUGACGAGAUGGUGAUUGUAAGGGAUAUCGAGGUUUUCAGUCUUUGCGAGCACCACCUGAUCUCUAUCGGUUACAUCCCCAACAAGCUUGUCCUUGGUCUCUCCAAACUCGCGCGUAUUGCCGAGACCUUUUCCCGUCGGCUUCAAGUACAGGAGCGACUCACCAAGCAAGUCGCUUUGGCUGUCGAGGAGGCUAUCCGACCCCGUGGUGUUGCCGUCGUCAUGGAAGCUUCCCACAUGUGCAUGUCCAUGAGAGGUGUUCAGAAGCCUGGCGCUACCACAGUCACCAGCACCAUGCUCGGUUGCUUCAGACAGCAGCAAAAGACUCGAGAAGAGUUCUUGACCCUCAUCCGAUCGCCCAGCGUUGCGCGACAUUAG